AUGUGUCAAUUCAGUGUGGAAAAUGAUUCAAGUUACAUAUCUGGUGACGGUAACUGUCUGGCAGUUACUUACAAACCACAACAACAGUUAAUUGCCAGGAGCUGUAAUGAAAGGUACCAACCUCUUUGUUAUAGACCAUCGCAAACUACCAAGUUUUUUACCCUAUUGAAUACAUUUGAUUGGUUACACGCCCUAUCUGGUUGCUACGUGAACAACUCGCAGUUUGCUUCUACAUCCAUCAGUUUCAAAGGACUUGAAAAUGGCACCUACUGGGUUGGUGGGUUUGCGGUGACAUACAAGAAUACCAAUGACAGAUGUAUAGCAGUCAGCAGAGCCGAUGACCGACUGUCACCUGUUGUGUUGUCUUGUGAUACUUUACUCCCAGCGUUAUAUGUAAACACUUCUGUACCUACUCAAACUACUACGGAACUCAACAUCCAAGAUACCACAUCUAUAACUACCACUGACGGUGUGAGACCAAAUCAACAAAUUACUAACAACAUUAUUCAGGACAACAACAGUUCUAAGCAGCAAACAACUCGACGUGGACAUGAAGUAACAACUCAUAUCGGACUUUUGACAGCAUUUCAAGAAAGUGUGAACAAUCUCGAGUUGUCUCCAUCAACAAGCCCGGAGCAAUUGUCUGUACCAACGGUGGUGGGAUCAGUGGUAGGGGGCGUGGCAAUGCUAAUUAUCAUAGUCGUUGCUAUUUUUCUGUUACGUCGCCGUGGAUUGUUCAAAAAGCUUCCUGCUGCUGAAAAUAGCGGUGAUGGUGAUGACAUAGAAAUGAGAAAGCCUGAUAAAGUGGAUCACAGCUAUACAGAGGUUAUAAGUACAUCAGAUAAUGUUUAUAAUCACCUGGGUGAACUAAAAACUAAACACAAUGUGUCAGGUGACGAUUUGUAUGACCAUUCUGGUGAUCAUAGUGAAACAUACGGUCAACUUCACACACACAAUAACAAGUAUGAAGAUGAUAGCGAGUAUGACCAUACCUUUAAUCAUACAGCACGCGACACAUACGGACAUUUAAACAGCGUGUAUCCACGUGACGAUGAUAGCGAUGACACAUACGGUCGACUUCACGCUGGUAAACGUCGAGAUAGUGACGAUGUUUAUGACCAUACUGGCGGAUCAGGCAACACGUAUGAUCACAUAAACUUUUCUAAACGUCCACCUGAAGUUGAGAGUGAUUACGAUCAUACACGUCUUUCUCAAUAACGGACAAAAACAGCCAGAUAUGGAGGAAUAAAUAUAGUAAUAAUAAUAUAGAAAUACAAAUUACUUAAAA